AGUUCGCGUCAUGGCCGCCGCCGCGGCUCUGGAGGCGGUGGCGCCUCUGGGCGCCCUGUGGGGCCUCGUGCAAGACUUCGUCAUGGGUCAGCAGGAGGGCCCCGCUGACCAAGUGGCUGCAGAUGUGAAGUCUGGAAGCUAUACAGUGUUACAAGUGGUGGAAGCCCUUGGGUCUUCUCUAGAGAAUCCAGAACCCCAAACUCGGGCACGUGGAAUCCAGCUUUUGUCACAGGUGCUCCUCCAGUGUCAUUCCUUGCUCCUGGAGAAGGAAGUGGUCCACCUGAUCCUGUUCUAUGAGAACCGGCUGAAGGAUCAUCAUCUCGUGAUCCCGUCUGUCCUGCAGGGUUUGAGGGCACUUAGCCUGUGUGUGGCCCUGCCCCCAGGGCUGGCAGUCUCUGUGCUUAAAGCCAUCUUCCAGGAGGUCCACGUACAGUCCCUGCCGCAGGUGGACCGACACACAGUCUACAGUAUCAUCACCAACUUCAUGCGAACCCGGGAAGAAGAGCUGAAGGGCCUAGGAGCUGAUUUCACCUUUGGCUUCAUCCAGGUGAUGGAUGGGGAAAAGGAUCCCCGUAAUCUUCUGGUGGCCUUCCGCAUUGUCUAUGACCUCAUCUCCAGAGACUAUAGCCUGGGACCUUUUGUGGAGGAGUUGUUUGAAGUGACAUCUUGUUACUUCCCUAUUGAUUUUACUCCUCCACCUAAUGAUCCCCAUGGCAUCCAGAGAGAAGAUCUCAUCCUGAGUCUUCGAGCUGUGCUGGCUUCUACACCACGCUUUGCUGAGUUCCUGCUGCCCCUGCUGAUUGAGAAAGUGGACUCCGAGAUUCUGAGUGCCAAGCUGGAUUCUCUGCAGACUCUGAAUGCUUGCUGUGCCGUGUACGGACAGAAAGAACUAAAGGACUUCCUUCCCAGCCUCUGGGCUUCUAUCCGCAGAGAGGUGUUCCAGACGGCAAGUGAGCGGGUAGAGGCCGAGGGCCUGGCGGCCCUCAACUCCCUGACUGCGUGUUUGUCUCGCUCUGUGCUGAGGGCCGAUGCUGAGGACCUCCUUGACUCCUUCCUUAGCAACAUUCUACAGGACUGCAGGCACCAUCUGUGUGAACCGGACAUGAAACUGGUGUGGCCUAGCGCCAAACUGCUGCAGGCGGCUGCAGGUGCAUCUGCCCGGGCCUGCGACCACAUCACCAGCGACGUGCUGCCUCUGCUGCUGGAACAGUUCCACAGGCACAGCCAGAGCAAUCAGCGGAGGACAAUCCUUGAAAUGAUCCUGGGUUUCCUGAAGCUGCAGCAGAAAUGGAGCUAUGAAGACAAGGAUGAAAGACCUCUGAGUGGCUUCAAGGACCAGCUGUGCUCACUGAUGUUCAUGGCCCUGGCAGACCCCAACACCCAGCUUCAGCUUGUUGGCAUUCGCACACUCACAGUGUUGGGUGCUCACCCAGAUCUCCUGUCUUCUGGGGAUUUGGAGCUAGCAGUGGGUCACCUGUACAGACUGAGCUUCCUGGAGGAGGAUUCCCAGAGUUGCAGGGUGGCAGCACUGGAGGCAUCAGGAAGCCUGGCCACUCUCUACCCCGUGGCCUUCAGCAGCCACCUAGUGCCCAAGCUUGCUGAGGAUCUGUGUUCAGAGGAGUCAGAUUUGGCUAGAGGGGAUGGGCCCACCAGGUGCUCCCGACAUCCACGCUGUCUGCAAGCCUUAUCAGCUGUAUCCACACAUCCCAGCAUCGUCAAGGAGACGCUGCCUCUUCUGCUGCAGCAUCUGUGCCAGAUGAACAGAGGGAGUGUGAGUCCAGGAACCAGUGAAGUUAUUGCUGUCUGUCAGAGCCUCCAGCAGGUGGCAGAAAAAUGCCAGCAAGACCCCGAGAGCUGCUGGUACUUCCAUCAGACAGCUGUCCCCUGCCUGCUUGCCUUGGCUGUGCAGGCUUCCACACCAGAGAAGGAGCACUCAGUUCUGAAAAAAGUCCUGUUGGAGGAUGAGGUCUUGGCCACUAUGGCGUCGGUCAUUGCCACUGCCACCACCCACUUGAGCCCUGACUUAGCCGCCCAGAGUGUCGCCCUCAUCGUGCCCCUCUUCUUGGACGGCAACAUCUCCUUCCUGCCUGAAAACAGCUUCUCUGGCAGAUUCCAGCCAUUCCAGGAUGGCUCCUCAGGGCAGAGACGACUGGUCGCACUGCUUAUGGCCUUUGUCUGCUCCCUGCCUCGAAACGUGGAAAUCCCACAGCUGAACCGACUCAUGCAGGAGCUUUUAGAGCUGAGCUGCUGCCAGAGCUGCCCCUUCUCCUCUACUGCAGCCGCCAAGUGCUUCGCAGGACUCCUAAACAAGCACCCUGCAGGGCAAGAGCUGGAUGAAUUUCUGCAGCUGGCUGUGGACAAAGUGGAGGCUGGGCUGAGCUCUGGGCCCUGUCGUAGUCAGGCCUUCACACUGCUUCUCUGGGUCACAAAGGCCUUAGUGCUUAGAUACCAUCCUCUCAGUUCCUGCCUUACAGAGCGGCUCAUGGGCCUCCUGAGUGAUCCAGAACUAGGCCCGGCAGCAGCUGAUGGCUUCUCUCUGCUCAUGUCCGACUGCACUGACGUGCUAACUCGUGCUGGCCAUGCUGAAGUGCGGAUCAUGUUCCGCCAGCGGUUCUUCACGGAUAACGUGCCCGCUUUGGUCCGGGGCUUCCAUGCUGCUCCGCAAGAUGUGAAGCCAAACUACCUGAAGGGUCUGUCUCAUGUACUUAACAGGCUACCAAAGCCUGUGCUCUUGCCAGAGCUGCCCACGCUGCUCUCCCUGCUGCUGGAGGCCCUGUCCUGCCCUGACUCGGUGGUGCAGCUCUCAACCCUCAGCUGCCUUCAGCCUCUUCUACUGGAAGCGCCCCAGGUCAUGAGUCUCCACGUCGACACCCUCGUCACCAAGUUCCUGACCCUCAGUGCCAGCCCUUCCAUGGCGGUCCGGAUCGCUGCACUGCAGUGCAUGCACGCUCUCACUCGCCUGCCCACCCCCGUGCUGCUGCCAUACAAACCACAGGUGAUCCGGGCCUUAGCCAAACCCCUGGAUGAUAAGAAGAGGCUGGUGCGCAAGGAAGCAGUGUCAGCCAGGGGAGAAUGGUUUCUGCUGGGGAGCCCUGGCAGCUGAGCCCCCAUCCCUGGCCUACACUGACUGACAGCCUAACCUGAAGUUACUAACCAUCGAGCCGCCUUGCCCAGGCAGGGAGACCGCUGGCCCGUGACUGCCUUUCCCACAGACACAACACAAAUGCCAGGCCUCUGCCGCAUGGCUAUACAAGAAAUACAGGAAUCCUGAUUUCUAAUGGAUUUGGGGAGUAACUGCGUGUGAGACUACUUGUGUUUGAAGAAUGAUCCUUGGUCUUGGGGCUCUUCCAUUUAUAUGUCAGAAAAAAGGAGCUAUGCUGCUGAGGGUGAAUGCAGAUGUGUGUGGCCCUGAGGACCAGGGAGGGUGGGAUGUGUGUGUGUACCUGCUGGAGAAUAAAGAUUUUUUUGGUAACGGGGCUGUCAGUUAUUCCCCUCUUCCACUUAUGCCUCAGAAGCAUCACUGCUUGACCUAGAAGAGAAAUGAUAGGAAUUGUUGAGGACAUCCAGCCCCUCCAAGUGAGGCACGGGUGGCAGGACCAGAACAUCUGCUCACUAGGCCCUGACCCCGAUUCCCCCUUCCCCAUCCCACAGGAAAGGCAAAGAGUGAA